AUGACUGGACACAGGAGACAGCACGAUGAAAAAGGAGAUCUCAGUCCUCUCUCGUCGCCCGCUCUCGGUGCACUCUCGUCUUCACCGGAACAAACUUCAUUCAACCUUGGAGAUCGAAGCGAUGGGAAUCUCUCUAUUCCUUCAACUAGAGAGCCGUUGAGGCUUUCAAUGGAUGCUUCAACGUCGUCGAAUGACUAUGAUCAGCUUAGUCGAUCCCCUUUACUCGAACCUGACGGCCUCGGUCCCUCAGGUCUAGACCGUAUACGACAGCAACCCUUAUCGCGAGUAUUCACGCUUCCAAACCUUUCUACAUCGUCCGUCGGCCAGCACAACUCCCCACCCAAUCGUUCGAGUGCGUCGUCCAGAGCUGCAUCGGUAUAUGUCCCAUCAGGCGGAACAGUCCCUCCCUUUGAAGAUCUGCACCGCUUUCCUUCCGAAUCCCUUCAUUCGUUCUCUUUCGCUCAACGGUCCGAGGAAUUGCUCGCUACUCGACAUAACAUUCUCAAAAGGUCAAUAGAUUUUAUGAAAGAUCGAUUGGGUUGGGCGGCUACUAGUCCCGGUCUCGUUAAUGCUCAGGCUCGAAUAAGUGGCGACACCGAAUUUCAGGGUAUGGUCGAUUUGUUGUCCAAGGCCAGUGUGUUGGAUCGAGAAUCACAAGGUCGGCAAAUAGGUGGUCUAAAUGGACCUAUCACCAGUUCACCGGAAGCUGAAGCGGACAACGUGUUUGAGAGGUCUUUUCAUAGCCCUACACUCACGAGCCAACAUUCACCCUUCCCGAGCUAUCCUGGGGACGCCACCGAAGCUGUCGAUGAUAGUCAACUUCUGAGUCCCUUCUAUGACGACAAUGGCUACUCGCGCCGAAGAGAUCUGAGAUCUGCUCCGGCUUCCAGGCGGGUCAGCUUGAAGCGAACAUAUACCGAUCUAAGCUCUCUGUCGUUGCAAAGUAAACUCAUGGAAACUUUGGCACAACCCUAUCCUGCCGGCGACUCUUUGGCUUCACCUGGAUACAACUUGGCACUGGGAAUUGGCCCUGUACUUCAUACUCAUAGCAGCAAAUGGACACCGGUCUCUCAAGCUGUCUUUAGGACAGAGGCAAAGGCUCCCUGGACAAUCAUCUCGGCCAACGAUCUCGCUUGUCUUGUCUUUGGAGUCACGCAGUCGGAAGUCCGAAAGUUAAGCAUACUCGAGGUGGUUCAAGAAGAGCGGCGACAGUGGCUUGAGUCAAAGCUUCAGGACCCGACAACUGAUGCAACCGCGAAGUUUCCUAAUUCGAACGUUAAGCCUCGCUUCAAUAUGCCAAGGGGUAAUGGAGUAACAGCACAAUUGUUGAGCAAGCCGUCGUCUCGGCAAAAGACUGGUCGCAGGGCUCAGACAGAUGAUGGUUAUGGGUCGAGCAAAAGGAACCCACGGAAACCGAACCAUCCAGCAAACAAGUCUCGCGGAGUGCUUCUGUGCGGUGAUGUAGUGCCAAUCCAGAAGCGUAACGGAGCAACUGGGUCGGCUAGUUUUUGGGUCAUGGAAAAACGUGGAGGUUUGAUUUGGGUUCUUGAGGAGAUAACAGAGAAUGUGGCAUAUCUCACAUACAAUGAAAGUGGAAAACUCACUAAAGUAGAGGGCGACGCUGAUGAGAUUUGGGGCCACGACGUUGCAAAGAGCGAUAUCCCGAUUACGACUCUCUUCCCAGAAAUGCCGGCAGAAUGCGUAAGUAAUUUUGAAAGACUUCUCGAUCUCAAAUAUUUCGGCGCACGUGGUCCGGGGAAGGGUGGCAUACCGACAACGGUUACGAAGAACCCUAAUGGGGAUAUAAGGUCGUUACGAGUGUCUAGUUUUCCUCAUGUCGCCGGUAUGAUGGUUUUAUCGUCGACUACACUCAACAUUAUCAGCUCGAAUUCGGUCUUUUCGUCUGCCCUCUUUGGGCAGGAGCGUCCCGAAGGACACCAUAUUUCUGAACUUAUUCCGGAAUUUGAAAAAUUUAUUGCUACUUUGACGGAGGAAGAUAAAGUGCCGCUUGUGGACGGUAUGGUGAUUCCAGAACAUAGCUUCCGACGAGCACGGGAUUUGUUGUUACUUCGAGAGAAUAGAGGCAACGCCAUCUCUAUCUUUCUUGAGUCUGAAGGUCUGCCAGCGAGACAUCGGGAUGGAUCUCGGCUUUCUAUCGACGUGCAAAUGCGAAUUGUCAAAAGUGAAACUGUUUUCCCCGAUAGCCAAAGUAAGCGGGAAGAAGGGUCACCCACUCACCAGAGCGAAAAUAGUGAUCAUGACGACGAUGAAUUGGCAGACACAAUUGCAGUAACUGAAGUCGUCUAUGCUUUAUGGGUUACUUACUCUAGGCAGAUGCACUCUGGGACCGGUGGUCUUCCCUCCAAUGACCAGGCAGCAACAGAAAGGAAGCCAACCAUACCAAUCCACCAAACCCAGUCGGGACAACGCACACCUUCCCCAACUCCUACAUUGCCGUCUCAUUCUAACACGCCAUCUUUGGAUAACAAGACUCCACUAUCUCUACUCAGCCAUAAACUCAACGAGGCGGCGUCAACACCGUUAGCGGACCGAUCUAUGCCCGAACCAGUUCGUGUACCUCCUUUGAUUAAAGAAGCACCCAAGAAGCGAACAAUCUCCGACUAUGUUAUUAUCGAGGAGAUGGGACAAGGAGCGUAUGGACAGGUCAAAUUGGCACGACUGAAGAAGAAUCCAGCUAAGAAGAUGGUGCUCAAGUAUGUCACCAAGAAGCGAAUUUUAGUGGAUACCUGGACUCGCGAUCGUCGACUAGGGACUGUACCACUGGAGAUUCACGUUCUCGAUUAUCUUCGACGAGAUGGCCUACGACAUCCGAACAUCGUGGAGAUGGAGGGCUUCUUCGAGGACGAGAUCAAUUACUACAUCGAAAUGGUCCCGCACGGUCUUCCGGGAAUGGAUUUAUUCGAUUAUAUAGAGCUCAAAUCCAACAUGGAUGAAGGCGAGUGCCGAAACAUUUUCAAACAGGUGGUGGAUGCCAUCCACCAUCUGCACACCAAGGCGUUGGUGGUACAUCGAGAUAUCAAAGACGAAAAUGUUGUGCUUGACGGAGAAGGACGCAUCAAGUUGAUUGAUUUCGGCAGUGCGGCAUAUAUCAAGAAUGGACCCUUUGAUGUAUUUGUGGGCACUAUUGAUUAUGCGGCACCCGAAGUCCUCCAAGGCAAAUCCUACCGCGGCAAAGAACAAGACGUGUGGGCUCUAGGCAUCCUUCUUUACACUAUCGUCUACAAGGAGAAUCCUUUCUACAAUGUCGACGAAAUUCUCGAUCACCCACUCCGGGUCCCAUUUCUUCCAUUCUCCGAGGAUUGCAUCGAUCUCAUUCGCAGGAUGCUCGACCGUGACGUGGAUAAUCGAAUUACAAUAUCUGAAGUGGUUGACCAUCCGUGGAUGGUCACGGUUUGA